GUGAAGUUAGGAGACGCGCGGAUUCGAUUUUGUUUGCAUUCAAAGUCAUUCGCAACGGCAAGGUCGUUCGGCAUGGAAGAUCCAUCUUUGCAAAUUCAUUUUAAGGGGCAUAAAGAUGUUAUCACAUGUGUGGACUUUAAUCCAAAUGGAAAACAACUUGCUUCCUGUUCUAUGGAUGCUUGUUUGAUGGUUUGGAAUAUUAAGCCGCAGACAAGAGCGUACAAAUUUACAGGUCAUAAAGAUGCGAUAUUUUGCGUUCGAUUUUCCCCAACUGGUGAACUAAUUGUCACUGCAUCUCGAGACAAAACAGUGAAAUUGUGGGUCCCGAGCAUAAAGGGAGAGUCUAUAACAUAUCGUGCACAUACAGCAGCUGUCCGUUGGCUAGAUAUUUCUUCAGAUGACUUGAAGAUUUGUACAGCUUCUUCGGAUAAGUCAGUGAAGGUUUGGAAUCUACACAGACAGAAGUUUUUGUUUUCCCUAAAUCAGCAUGUCAAUUGGGUGCGGUGCUGUCGAUUUUCCCCUGACUCACGUCUCAUUAUUUCAUCAUCAGAUGAUAAAACUAUUAAAUUGUGGGAUACGGAGACACAAAGCUGUGUGCACACUUUUCACGAAACAAAUGGCUUUGCUUCACACUUAGAUUUUCACCCCAGUGGCAAUUGUUUCGCAGCAGGUAGUACUAAUUCCUCUGUGAAACUUUGGGACCUACGCAUGAAUAGACUUCUCCAACAUUAUGACGCUCAUGAUGGACCCGUACACAAGGUCUCCUGUCAUCCAAACGGUCAUUUUCUUUUAUCUGCAUCAGAAGAUUCUACACUUAAGAUAUUUGAUCUUGUUGAAGGGCGUCCCUUGUAUACUCUUCAAGGUCACACUGGACCUGUUACUGCAGCUGCAUUCUCUGCUUCUGGUGAUCACUUCGCAUCUGGGGGGAAUGAUGAACAGGUAUUUUUGUGGCGCACAAAUUUUGAUAAAUGUGGAAAGGAAAUACCUACCAAAAGUCCGAUUAAAAGCCCCGGUCGUAUUCUAACAACAUCUGAUCCUGCAUCACGGAGUAAAUCUAUCCAAAUUAACCGUCGAGUUUUAUGUCCUGAGCCUAAUUCUGUUGGUGGCUGUCAAAUGAAUGCAAGCGAGUUAGAAGAAAAAGAAGAUAAACAGUCCUCUAAUACACCUGAAACCACUGUUGAUUAUCAUGAAUCGCCUACUGGUGAUACACUGAAUCCACCUACCUCAGUAAAGUGUCAUUUUCCGCAUACUAUUCGUAAUCAAUCUGGAGUUAGUACACCGAGUACAUUACCCUUGACAUCAACUUUGAAUGUUGCACAAUUUGGGAAUUCUAAGACGCCUGUGGAUUUAGAUGAUGAACGCCAAAAUUUGCCACCGUCAUUGUCAACAACACUUGAACAUAUUGUUUCCCAAUUGGAUAUAUUAACACAGACUGUUUCAAUAUUGGAACAACGUUUAACCUUACUAGAAAAUAAAUCAACCAAUAGUGCUUGAACAGUCAUUAUACUAUCUGCAUAUUUAACUUUAAUUUAUAACUUUAUCAUGUUAUAAUGAAUAACAAAUGAGUUUAUUGACAAAUAUUGUAUAUUUAAUUUCCUUUAUUUUCUGAAACAAAAUCUAGUUAAACAUUUAAUUUUUCUUGCUCAUUGUUUGAAGUUUAUAUAUAUACAUGAAUAUGAUAAAGAAUAUCUGUAACUCAAGUUCAACGUAUUUUCCGAGCUUGUAGUUACGGAUUCUGUGAAUUAAUAGCACCACAUGUUGAUGUUUCCUGACUUCUGCUAAUAUAUCAAGUCAAGGAAAUUGGUG